GUGGGUGUGCCGUGCUGCAGAUAUUUUGUGCACAUGCGCACUGCUUGAAAAUAAGGAAGUUGACGUAGAUCAAUGAAAACAAUGCAGAUGUGGCACCAUAGAGGAGCAGUCUACGCUAGAUAACAACAUUUAUGGUGUUUAUUGUACCUGAAGUGAAGCUCCUCUGCCAUAAUGAAGGCACCUAGAAGCAAUAUGUUGGGUACUGGAACAUCCAACAACAAGGUCAAGUAUUCACGGCUGGCUGCUGAUGACGACGGCUACAUAGACUUACAGUUCAAGAAAAGCCCGCCAAAAGUCCCAUACAAGGCGAUUGCACUGGCAUUAUUCCUGUUUUUGAUUGGCUCCUUACUGAUAAUCUUCGGGGCUCUUCUUCUGUCAGGAACCAUAAAAGUUGAGCAUCCAGACCGCACCAUUCCUGUCAUCAUCAUAGGGCUGCUCGUUUUCCUUCCUGGAUUUUACCAUUUGAGAAUCGCCUACUACGCCGCCAAGGGUUACCGGGGUUACUCCUACGACGACAUCCCAGAUUUUGGCGACUGAGCGGCAGCUGCUGAUUGGUGGAGAAUCCCCUCCUUUUGCCACACUGUGUAACCUGAGACUGUUGCCUGCUGUUUACUUUGAGUUUCUGAAUGUAUGUAGCAAAUAAGGCAAACCUUUUAACUGUUUUGGUGAUUUUUUUUUUUUUUUUAAUUCUGUGUUGUUUAUUCGCUGCUCUGUGUUGUCUUGUCCUCCACACAAAAGCUUGACAAACCUUAGAGGCUUUAUAUAUUCAACUUUGUUAACAGUGAACCAAACAUUUAAUGAGUAGAGAAUGUCAGACCAGCUGCUUGCCUGCAACAGUACAGCAACACGUUGCUGACCUACAAUACUCAGCACUCAUUCAAGAAAUGAUAACAAACCUUGGAUGAGUAGUGAGACUACACAGAUGCCUUUAACUUACUAUUGCUUGAAAGACUGAGAAUUUUUGUGUUCUUUGCACAGUUGCACAGCUGUUUCAUAUCUAUUUAAUUGUGACUGUAGUCUGUAUAUCAUGAAAAGCUCUGGAGGCUAUAUUUCUCCUUACGGAUUAUAUUUGCAGUACUAUCCAAAGAUUUAUUACUUCGUUGAAGUACAGUAUAUUUUUGAAUGAAAUGUAUUACUUUCUGUAUAAAGUAUUGCAGUUUGUGCAUAUUCGUUUGGUUUUGGAUAUAAAAGAGAUGUAUUUUUACAUACAUUUGCUUGAUUAAAAAAAAUAUGGAAUAAAAGUAUAAAUCUGA